UCAAUGGCCGCAACUGAGAAAUUAAUUCAAACCGUAUACGCUUACCCGGUGCUUUACAACGUUUCGUUCCACGAUUAUCGCAGUUCUGAGAGGAGAGCAAAAGCGUGGAGGGACGUCGCCGCGUCAGUUGGUCUCCCUGGUCAGUGCGUCAACAUUACGCGCGUGUUUGGGCGCACGAAGUGAAUCUUUAUAUAUAUAGAUAUAUAUUUAUAAAACAGUUUCUAAUUAUGAAUUACUUGAUUCUUUCGGUUUGAUGUUACACACCAUCUGCACUUGGAGACGACGCGACGCUCAGCUGCAUUGUAAUCGGGACAGUUCGUUGAUCAUAUGGGAGCGUUUUGGUUUGAUGCGUCUCUUAACAUGGUGGAAUGCAAAAGAAGAUGGAAGACCAUAAGGGACAGGUACAUCAGAGAGAGAAGACUUUGCAAACUAAAGAAGGAAGAAGGGGGGCGUCGCUUGCAUCACUGGCCACACAGAGAAACCCUCUCGUUUCUGGACGCUCAUAUCAGGAAGAGAAAGCGUCAUAGUGAAUCAGAAGCUCUGGAGGACCUGGAGGACAUGGGUGGAAGCGGUCAGGAGUCACCUGAGGAGUCACUCGAUGAGUCCAGCACAGGUGAUUCAAAGCCAACCGAGUCAAGUCUUGAAAAAUCAAAGAGCGAUGGGUCAAAGCGUGACAAAACACAGACGGCAGAUUCAAAGGAAUUUCUCUUGAAUAUUCCAGAGUCCAAGUCUCUGAUAUCUCCUCAGAUUAAGGCAAAUAUUGCAGCUCAAUUAAAUCCCUUGUCACAGCUGCCUUUGUCUAUUGUCACUCAGCUCGCCCCCGUCAAACAGGUCCAACCAAUGACCCAGCUCGCGGUCGUCACCAGUCUGCCUCCUGGACUGAAGGUGUCACAGGCUUCAUGUUCAACUUCACCGCAAGUUCCCAUCCAGACAAAUGCAACAGCAGCAUCAGUCUCAUCCACAAACGUCAAUGGGAAAAUGGAGGAAAAAGAGGUGCUGAAGAGUCGUGAAAAACCAGUUCUCGACAGAGCUCUUGAUGAGGACGAGUUGUUUCUCUUGAGUUAUGUCCCAGCCCUCAAAAGACUGACACCACAGAAAAGAGCUGCAGUUAAAAUGAAAAUCCAGCAGAUUAUGUUUGAUGCAGAGUUCAAAGAUGAAUAAAGAGUGUCUUUUGCUUUUGUCUUGCUCUCAGAUGAAGACAGUAGAUUAAAUGUAAGGUUGAGAUAUUUUACUUUCCCAACUUAAAAUUUGAUCCCCCUGUAAAAAAAACCCCAAUUCUGCAUCAUUUAUAAAAAUGUGUUUAAAAUAUGCUUUAAUUUCUUUGUAUAUUUCAAUGAAAAAAACAAACAAUUAAGUAAUACCAAGUAUGAAUCUGGUUUGUGUUGAUAUGAAUUGCCUCACCUUUUGUCUAGGUUUUGGUAGGUUCUUUCUUAGUGCAAAAAGACCUUGUUUUGUAAAAUUACACUAAACGUUUUGGUGCAAACUGCUACUUAAUGUAUUUAUGUCAAGUUUGGUUCAUUAAUAUGGGGUAUUAGUUUACUGCAAUUUAACAAUAAAAUGCAAAGUUC